AUGGACAUUGAUAUAUCAAAUCGAUACAUUGCUACAGUAUCAGGAGAGCGGCGAUUAAAUGUUUAUCAUAUUGAUACUGGUAAAAAUGUGCGUUCAUACAAAUCAGAUACACCUGAGGAAGUCAAUACUGCUGAUCAAGGAAGUUUACUUAGAAUUUCUUUGGACCCUGGUGGAGUACAUGCUGUAACUGGCGGUUCGGAUAAAAGUAUUCGACUUUUCGAUUUCACUAAUGGAUCGAUAUUGGGCAAAGUUCUUGGACAUUCUGAAUUAAUUACCGGAGUAAAAUUUACUUCUGAUUGUGAACGUGUUAUUUCGACCUCUGCUGAUGGUUGUAUAUUUGUUUGGAAAAUAUCGGAUGAAUUGGUUUCAAAAAUGCGACAAAAAUGGCUUGAUAGAAGUGGCCUUAGUGGUUCACUUGAAAAGACAUCACCUUUGAUGAGGGACUAUCUUCUUCCACAAUCAUCAACUCCACCACCAACUUUUCCUAAAUCUAUCAUGCCUGCACAAAAACCACAAUCACUUAUGGUAGAUCUUCAACAAUCAUCAAAUGAUGAUGGCCAAGAAUCAGGUUUCUCUGUUCGUCGAGUAACAAAUGGUUUAAAAAUCAAAAAAUCCUAUUCAUCUUUAUCUGCUAUGGAACUUCAAAGUGAAGAGAAUGCAAAAAAAUUUGCUGCUAAAAGGCCUGCAUCUUUUGCAAAUGAUAGUUCAUCACAACAAAAAUCUACUCAAUUAACGCCUAGGUUUUCAUUAGACCAUAGUAAACUACCUAUGGCUACUUCACCACCACCUUCUAAUCCGACAGGAAUAUCUACACCACCUUCUAAUCCGAUGGGAAUAUCUACACCACCCAACACUCCAACUAAUCCAAGCUCUGCAAGGAGAGAAUCCUGGAAAAUCAGUAUACCUAGUUGGGCAAAAAAGGCUUUUAAAGAAGAAAAAGACGAAAAAC